AUGGUGGACUUCAACUCUUUGAAGUCAUACUUCUUAAAUUUGUACGAAUCCUCAGUGUUGAUAUUAAAGUUUGGAUUCGUUCUAGUCAGAAGAUUUAAAAAUUCGUGUAAAAUAGUGUCUAUCGCCAGGUCUCAGGGCCAGUUAAGUGAUGAACAGUUUUACACUCUAUACGGAUUAUACAAACAGGCAAGGUUUGGGGAUUAUGAAGAUUAUUGGACUUGCUUUUCAGCCAAUUCAUCCAAUAAACUGGAGUCGUGGAAGAAACUUAAGGGAAUGUCCUCAAAGGAUGCCGCGAUAGAAUACAUUAGAUAUUCCGAACAGGUGCUGGCAACAUUUAAAGAUUCAGCUGAUUUUGAAACGAAUGCCGGAGUGUUCAGUAGAAUUAUGAUAAUGGAUUCAAUUGAGGAAACCUUUGAAUUUGAUGAUUUAUUUACGUCAGUUGUCGAGGGAGAUUUUGAUAAAGUUCGAAAUAUGAUCGAAAAACAGCCGAAAUUGGUGGAUGUAAGAAGCCCAGAGGGCUUAACGGCACUUCAUCUUGCCGCUGAUCGUGGGCAUCUCGAUAUCGUAAUGUUGCUCCUGGAUAAUGGAGCAAAUGUAAACGUGGUUGAUGAUAGUGGAGAUACUCCACUCCAUGUGGCACUUGAGUCAGAACAAGAAGAUGUUGUUCAGCUUCUACUAGCUAGAGGUGGUGAUCUAGAACAAAGGAAUUAUGAAGGUCUGAGGCCGAUAGACCUGAUAAACCUAUCUAAAAUGUAGAACAAUAUCGUCUAUGCCCCAAGAAACAUCGCAAGGGUUCCUUUC